GGCAUGGUUUUGAGAAACGUUUGUUUUCAGGUUUUCACGUGCCUUAUUUAUAUAUAUAACGUAACAUGAUACAAUAACUUACAAUGAAGCAUAAAAGAUUUGAGGAAAAUAUAUUAAUUGAUGAGGCUUACACUAAUUACGGUCAAGCUGAUAAGAACGCAGAUGAUAAGAAAGGCCAGGGUAUCGCAAAGAAUUUCGCCGAAAGCCUUGAAUAUGGUGAAAAAAAGAAAUGGUUUCAUCAGCUACCUGAGGAACCAGUCACGUUGCCAAAAACAUUAUCGACAGAACAAAUUGAACAAUUAAGAAAGGAAGCCACCAGUGCCUUGCACGGUGAUACAUUAGCUUAUGAAACGAAGACAAACAGAAGUGGCUCAUCAGAUCAUCAAUGGGCUAAGACUCUGCUGAACAAAGGUGCUAUUGGAGAUAGAGUUGCGGCUGCCACAAUUCUUAUCCAGGACAAUCCGUUGUACAAUUUAACAGCCCUCAGAAAUUUAAUAAACAAUGUCAAACCGGCCAAGAAGAAAGACGGUAUUGUUAUAAUCGAUGCCCUGUCAGAGCUACUCAUAUCUGAAUUGCUAAUACCGGAUGUUAAAUUACGUACCUUCGAACAGCAUCCGCUAGGACACCUAGAUGAGAUGACGUCGGGCAACAAACAAACGAAGAGAAAUAUAUUGAAACUGUGGUAUUAUGAAGAUCAAUUAAAAGAAUUAUAUGGAACAUACGUGGAUGCCUUGAACAAAUUUGCCCACGACACAGUCGAUGCAAACAAGGAGAAAUCUGUUAGUGCUAUGUCAUAUUUGCUCAUGCACCAUCCGGAAAGGGAAAAGAUUCUACUAACGAACAUCAUAAACAAAUUGGGUGAUCCCUCCCAGGGCGUGGCCUCAAAGGUGAUCUACCAUCUGUGUCAGAUCAUCUACAAUCACCCGAACAUGAAAGGCGUGGUCCUGGCGGAAAUCGAGAAGAUGCUGUUCAGAACGAAUAUCUCCCCGCGCGCGCAAUACUACGGCGUGUGUUUCCUGAAUCAGUUCUAUUUGGGUAAAGACGAUUCCAAAGUAGCGGAGAGUUUGAUAAGAAUAUACUUCUCGUUCUUCAAGGCUUCUAUUAAGAAGGGCGAAAUCGAUUCCCGGCUAAUGUCAGCGAUAUUGACGGGCGUCAAACGCGCCUACCCGUUCGCCGACAAGGAGCGGCUCACGGAGACUCAGGACCACAUCGACUCGAUCCACCGGCUUGUGCACCUGGCCGGCAUCAAUAUAUCCGUGCACGCUCUGGCUCUGCUGUUCCAAAUCAGCGACGCCUCCACCGGGACCAGCGACCGGUACUACUCGGCCUUAUACAAGAAGCUGACGAACUCCGACAUAUUGAACACUACGCACACGGCUCUGCUCUUCUCGCUCGUUUACAAGUCGCUGAAGCAGGACAAGAACAUACCCAGGGUGGUGGCCUUCGUCAAGCGGCUGCUCCAGCUGUGCUGCUACGUGCUGCCGGCCCAGGCCUGCGGGAUGAUCUUCCUCCUGUCGCGGGUCCUCAAGGACUCUUCUAAGAAGGAGGCCAUCAAACUUAUAUGGAACAAACGGGAGGUGAAGGAAGAAAUCAAAAGUGAAGAUGUCAUAGGACCACAGCAAGACGCGACCGAGAACGGCGCAGACAGAGACGGUGACGAGCCCACGGACUGCGCCCAAGAUGAGGAGGUUAAGGAAACUAAAAAAGUUGAUUUACUGCGCGGCGAUAAAAAAGAUCUGCUCUUGGACGACGACGAAGAAGAAUCGUACGUGGAUCUCAAAAUCGACGGCGAGGGGAACGUGAGGGCGAGGCGGCGCGCGGGGGGCGGUGGCGUCCCCGGGUGGUUCCACGCCAGGGUGGGGAGCCGCCCCCUCCACGACCGCAGCGAAACUGAAACGAAAAUACAAUUGAAGAAGACGAUCAACAUGGAUAAAGUCGCGUCGGCGUACAACCCGCUCGGCAGGAGCCCGCAGCACGCCGGCGCGGAGCUCUCGGCCUACACCGAGCUUCUGCUGCUGUCCAGGCACUUCCACCCGACCGUCCAGCUGUUUGCCAAGAAGAUGUUGAGCGACCAGCUAAUACAGUACAGCGGUGAUCCGCUGAAAGACUUCUCCGGUAUACGUUUCCUAGAUCGCUUCGUCUUCAAAAAUCCCAAGAAGAGGACCGAGAACCAGGAAGAAGAUGGAGUUAAGAAGAUCAAGGGAUCACAUCCCAAGUUCGCCGUCAGAAAGAACUACACGGCUAGAGGUGUGAAGAGUUUGAGAGUGAAUUCGAUUUCUUACCUCAACGAAGACGCCUCAAAGAUCCCGGUCGAUGAGAAAUUCUUAUACGAUUUCCUCCAGAAACGGCGCGGGGCGACGGCUGAUGAGGACGACGACGACGCCAGCGACGCGGACUCCAUCAACAGCGAAGACUUCGAGCAGUACCUGGACAGCAUCACCGGCUCCAAGCGCAAAGAUCAGUCCGACGAGGAGGAGUUGGAUUAUCUAUCAGAGAUGGCGACGAAUACGGAGGCCCGGAGAAAGAAACAAGAUACGAACGCUGAGGAUGAACUGGCUGAUGAUGAUGACCUUGGCGAUGAUGAGGACGAAGAUGACGACGCCGGCCUGGACAUCUCAGCCGACGAGGACGAACCCGCCUUCUCCGGCGACGAAGACGAACUCCUGUUGGAAGACAGUGACGACGAAGAUCCUUUGGAGGACCCCGGAGAGAAGAAUAAACGGAAAUCGAAAUUUAAUCUCAAAGGAAAAGAUGAUCUCAGUUCUCUAUUUGCGUCGGCCGAAGAAUUCUCAACUCUAUUAGAAGACACGGCCGCGAACAAGAAGCAGGGUUCGAGCCAAGCAGUCUCAAACGCGGACAAUUCGAGCUUAAAACAACUAGCCUGGGAAGAUAAAAGAAACAAUUGGAUCAAGGGAUACAACAAAAAGAUUUUGGGAAACAAUAAGAGCGGGGGGAAAUUUAAACACAAAAUGGCCGACAGAAAGAAGACGGCCGGUAAGAAUUUCGGCGGGAAAAUUAAAAUGCAGGAGAAUAAGUUUGCGGGUAAAGGAAAACGCAAAGGCGGAACGGCGAACGGACCUGGUGGGAAGAAAAAAAGAAUGAAAUAGUAUUGGUCUUUUUGCAUCGUAAUAAAAAACUAAUAAAUGUU